AUUGCCCCACUCCUCCAUUAAAGGACAAAAAGGAGAAAUUUAAAGAGUCGGUCAGGUAAAACCGGUUCAUUUGUCCUACAAUUCUCAGUUUUUCUGUUGAGCAAGAGGAAGAGAGGCAAGAAAUUUUGUGGGUUUUACUGUCUGAUCUGGAUCAAAAUGGAGGGUGAUUCUGAUUCCUUCAAGGAAGUGAAGCCCAAAGCUGGGGAGGAGCAACCUGCUAUUAAUGGUGCUGAUGAGAACAUGGGAUCUCCCAUGGAGACCAAUAGCUCCAAGCCUGAGUCAAUGGCAACUUCUGGACCAAAUGCUACCAUCCCUACUUCAGAUCAGCUUACUAUCUUCUAUGGUGGAAGCGUUCUUGUAUUUGAUGCAAUUCCUGCAGCAAAGGUUCGUGAAAUUAUGCUUAUUGCUGCAGCAGCUGGUAAACCUGCUGACAUGAAGAAGGCUGUCUCUGUCUCUCCAGCUGGUGGUACACCAGUUCUUACCAGGUCUCCUUCGCUGCAAAGCACUACAAGUGCUUUGCCUUCACCACAACCACAAGCAAAGCUUCAUCCAGUUCAUCAAGGCUCCUUCCUUUGCAAAUUGCAAGCUGAAUUACCAAUUGCAAGGAGGCAUUCUCUUCAGCGAUUUUUUGAGAAGCGACGGGACAGGCUCUACAGCAAAAGCCCAUAUCUCUCUUCAGCAGAGAGGAAAAUGGCUGAAACCAUAAAACCAGAUUUCAGUGCUCAAGUUUCACCAGAUGCAGGCUGCUUUGGGAAACCUCUUGCACCAGAAAAAGAAACCCUACCAAAGGUUGCUGCUAGCGUUGCUUAAAUAUGAACAAAAGCUUCUGUCUUCUGAUUUAUAAGGGACAUGGGAAAGUCCUGUAUCAUGUUAUUGUUAACCAUGAACUAUUCUAGCAAAUUUCAGAUUGUGCUGGGAAUGGUGAUUAACUUUCUCUUGCUUCUGGAUGUAAUGGGGUAAAGUGAACAAUUUCUGAUUGAAACUAUUGUGAAUUUGUUCACAUGGUUGCCUCAUAUAUAGCUGAAGGCAACUGAAAUUUCACACUGAACCAGUGGUUUUAGGACUAAGUAUUUGUGUUACUAUUGACUGCCAUAUACAAUUGACAAAUGAUGGCCAUGUAUGUCAGUCUGCUUGUUGUGUGACUAUCAGAACUGUAAUGGAGACUUAUUGCUUAUUAAUAUUAUACAUUCUCUGAUGUGUUAAAACA